AUGCGUGCCUCUCAAGCACUUUCCAUCGUUGCGUUUGCCCUCACAGCAACUUGCAUGACAAUCAAGCGUCAAGAUGAGCAGACCAAUCUUAAGAGAGAGGGUUGGACAUCAGCUGGCUGCUACACUGAUAAUGUUUCCGGUCGUGCUCUGACUACACCAGGAGGAGUUCCCGGAGGACCCAGCACCAUGACCAAUGAAGCUUGUCAAACUGCUUGUGCGGGAGCUGGUUUCUCGUGGGCUGGUACCGAGUACGGAGGAGAAUGCUGGUGUGGCAACUCAAUCAUCAAUGGAAAUGGACCCGCUCCAGAUGGAAAUACUGGUUGUAACAUGGCGUGCAAUGGUAACGGCGGACAAACAUGCGGUGGACCAAAUCGUCUUACUGCGUUUCAAACCGGUGGUGGUGGAUCCAGCACGCCUCCCUCCAACCCUGCGCCGAGCAAAUCUGGAAAACGUGGUUUAGCAUAUGAUUCCAAUAAUAAGUAUGGUGAUGCGUCUUUUGGUAAUAUGUUCAGGCAAUACAGUAAGGUUAGUUGGGGUUAUAAUUGGGGAUAUACGAAUCAUGGUUUAGAUUCAAGUCUUGAUUUCGUUCCAAUGCUUUGGGGAAACCCCAAAACUGUUGAUCAGAAUUGGGUUACAGCAGCUCAAAGCGCGAAGAGUGUCCUCGGCUUUAACGAACCAGAUCUCACUUAUGAACAAUCUUCCAACAUGCUUCCUGAAGUAGCAGCUCAAGGAUACAAAUCGUGGAUUCAACCAUUCGCAGGUCAGGUUCGCAUUGGUGGUCCGGGUGUUUUGUGGAAUAAUUGGAAUAGUUGGUCCUCAGGCGGCGGCUACAGCUCCCGCGUCUGGACCCAAUACUUCAUGGGCAACUGUACCGGGUGCCACAUCGAUUUCGCCGCCAUCCACUACUAUCAAGACUGUGUUCCCAAAUCAGGCGAAUCUGGAACCGAUUGGUUUAUCACCAACAUAACCAAUGCCCACGAUACACUCAAUCUGCCGAUCUGGAUUACGGAAUUCCAAUGUUAUGGCACGGAUGAGCAACAGGCGCAAUUUUUGAGGACGGUUUUGCCGUGGUUGGAUAGUCAGGGUUAUGUAGAGAGAUAUGCGUAUUUUGGGGCUUUUCCCAAUUUUUUGCUUAAUGUUGAUGGGUCGGCUUUGAGUCUGGCGGGGCAGGCGUAUGUUAAUUAG